UUUUAUUCAUUCUGUGCUAGAUUUCCCGAUAGUUCAAAUCAGAGGUAAAGCCCCGGAAGGGAAUCGAAACAAAAAUACCUGAAAUUCGCUAUAACUAACACAACGCUGCAGUUUUUAAUGUUGGCUCUUUGCUAAUUUUAAUAUAUUUCCAAAAGUAUUGGGUCCAAAAAGAAGGGGUGAAAUACUAAUGCCCAGUGAAAUUGUGUUUUUUUUUCGUACGAAUCAAGUUUUUUAUUGAGAUAAAAGUGUGUACAAGUGUGAGACUUCCAAGACCCCAUCCAACUAGAACCAAACUAAAUCCUACGUAGCCGCCGUAACCACGUAACCACGUUACCACGUCCACCACCUUCAUCUCCAGCUCGAUUUUGUUUUCGACCCGGAGUCAGUAAGUUUCACGACCUAUUUGCAGACCGAUCUCGAUGUCUCCGCAAUUAGAUAAUGCUUAAGCUACCAAAGGGCCUAAAAAAGAAAAAGAAGAAGUCGAAAAAGGACCAGGAGCUCUUCACCGAGGAAGAGCUCGAGCAGUACAAGCGCGACCUAAGGGCCAAACAGGAGGCGGCGGCCACCAAAUCGGACGCCGGUGAAUCCGACGGAGCGGCCUCAGACGUUGAAGCCCACCACGAGCCAGUAGCCAGCAACUCGGGAUUGGUAUCGGGAUCGGGAUCGGGAUCCGGCUAUCACGCACCAGGAUCAUCCUCUAGUAACUCCCACCAACAGCCGGGAGAUCAAAGUCAGGGAGCUGCCGGCGGCGACGAGGAGUGGGCCAAGUUCAAGGCACUCACCUCCGGCGUCGAUAGCAUCCUACACAAGACCCAGGACGAGCUCGAUCGGAUCAAGAAGGAGUCCUUCUACCAGCGCCUGCCCUCGGCCGCCGAGAAGAAGAAACAAGAGGAGGAGGAGGCCGCCCGCCUUGAAGCCGAGCGAGAGGAGCGGGAGAGGCAGCGUCUGGGGCAGAUCGAGGCUCAGCGGGACAAGCUAGCCGAAGCGGUUGUCCAGCUAUCCGAAUCGGAGGAGGAGGCCGGCGACUAUGAGGCCGAUGACAUCUUCGCUACCGAUUACAUUGAGGCCAUCACCAGCGGAGAGCUCCAACUAGCCGUUGUCCCGGAUUCCCCGGUUCUCGCCGACGACGGACCCGAUCCCUUUGACACCGCCUACGCAGAGAAGGUUAUUGUUGGCGCCGAUCGGGCAAAGGGAAACAAGAAGCUAGUGAGUCUCGGGGCUGCCGUUGAGGUGCUAUCUGGUCGCGUGGACCGCGAGCACGCCGUUGCAUUAGCGAAUCCCAAGCGUAAAUUGCGGAAGGGCAUCCAGAAUCUCCUGCUCAGCGAGAGCGUAGAGCUAGCCGAUCCGGAGGCGGAUCUUCUGGCCGCCGCGGCCAACGCCGAGCCGCAGCAUAAUCUACUCGACGAUCUCGACGAGGAACUGCCCGAGUCCUCGGCCCCCAUAGAUCUCAGUGUUUCGUUGCAUUUGCACCUAAUAAAACCCAAGCCCGUCGAGGAGGAGGAGGAGCAGGAGCAGCAGGAUCUGGGAAAUCAGCUGCUCAACCCGGAUCUAUUCGAGUUCGAUGCCCUCAAGGACGAGGAGGACGACGAGUUUGCUGAACUAGCCGCCGAGUCACUGACGAAAAAGGAGGAGGUCACUGUCGUCAGCAAGGUUGCUCUGCCCGUCGAGGAACUGCCAACUGAAGCGUUUGGAGAAGGCAGCUGGGCUGAAUUUGAAGCUCAGCCGGAACAAGAAACAGGAAAGCCCAAGCGUCCGCCACCACCAGUCCGUCCGCCUACAGGACCCCACAUCGUGCCCGGUGCAAUUUACGUUUCAGACGACGAGGAGGAAAAUCCUGACGACGAUCCUUUUAACACAAACUACGCCGAACAGGUGAUCAAGAAGACCACCGUACUCGAGGAAGACGACGACUUCGACCCACGUGCCGAGGAGGAACCGGCCACUGGGUCAGCCUCUCUAGCGGCUCCAACCCGCGAUCUUCUUGCUGGCAGUGCUACCGAUCUCAGCCAGGUGGUUCCCGCGCCCUUGGCACCUACUUUAAGUGUCGACCAGGAUCCAGAGGACUUCGAUCCCUUCGACACCUCAGCCAUAUCGGCUUUGGUGCAGCCCAAGGCCACGGAACUACGCUUUUUGGAGCGCGAGCUGCUUAACCAGUCCAGCGCAGGAGGAGUCACUAUCAAGCACUCCCUGAGCGAUCCGGACUUUGAUCCACGAGCGGAUCAGGAAACGCCAGCGGAGCCGCAAGUGAAAGUAGAACAAAUACAGACGGAUUUCGACACCGCCCGGCGAAAGUCCUCCUUGAGUCUGAACAUACAGGCCAAGACUGUGGGCUUUCUGGUGCCGGCAGCGGAUCUGCUCGGAGCGGGUAAUGAGUUGGGGGCGAAUAAGAAGCCAUUAACGCCAUACUACGCACCAACUGGCAAUCCUUUGCAGGAGCGAGAGCGCGAAGCCGAAGACGUUGAUCCCUUCGACACGUCAUACGUGCCCGAGGCGAAGCUUAGCGAUAUAGAGCUGAAGCAUAUAGAAAAGGACCUGAUUUCUGAACCUUCCAAUCUGCGGCACAGCCUCUCCGACCCCGAUUUCGAUCCUCGGGCUCCACCCACUCCGGUUCCCGCCGAAGUCUUGUUGGCCGUCGAGGAGAAUAUCGACAUCAAGGUCUUGACACCCGCCCAGGAGCGUAAGAAGCUAACCAAUUCCGUCGGAGCAGCCGAUUCGGAGGAGGACAUUGAUCCCUUUGACACCUCCAUAGCGGCGAAUCUCCGACCGGGUCAGACGGAACUGAAGCUUUUGGAAAACGAACUUCUGCCGGAGACAAGGACGUCGGUAACCGACGUCCUAGACGUUCAGAGCGACGCUCAGGAGUUGGGUUUUGGCGAUAAGGUACUCACACCCUCGACGCACUCGAGACCUGCCCUUCCCGCUCACAAUCUUGAUCCGUUUGACACUUCCAUUGCGGAGAAUCUUGUGCCCGGCGAGACAGAGAUCAAACUGCUCGAAAGCGAACUGAUUGAGCGCUAA